GUCAAUCAUCUGUUUCCUUCUCAAGGUUGAAAAUGAACCAGCAACUGGACAACUGGACGUUUUACAACAGCUCGGAGGAAGACGUCCUUCCUCCCAGGAACAACGUGACCUACGUGGGCUUUUACCUGCACCACCCGUCCACGGCGGCCAUCUUCAUCGUGUCCUACCUGCUCAUCUUCCUGGUGUGCAUGGCCGGCAACGGCGUGGUGUGUUUCAUCGUGCUGCGUAGCCGCAACAUGCGCACCGUCACCAACUUGUUCAUCCUCAACCUCGCUGUGAGUGACCUCUUGGUGGGCAUUUUCUGCAUGCCAACAACACUGCUGGAUAACAUUAUUACAGGGUGGCCCUUUGGAAGCCUGGUGUGCAAAAUGAGCGGCAUGGUGCAGGGCAUCUCCGUGUCGGCCUCCGUCUUCACUUUGGUGGCCAUCGCCGUGGACAGAUUCCGAUGCAUCGUCUACCCAUUCAAACAAAAGCUGACCAUCUCCACCGCCACCCUAAUCAUCGUCAUUAUCUGGGUCCUGGCCAUAUCCAUUAUGUGCCCGUCCGGCGUGAUGCUGCAGGUGACGCAGGAGCAAAGCAUCCAGGUGCUGCUGGGCUACGACAACAAAACGACUCCUUUUUACUGGUGCAGGGAGAACUGGCCCAACCAGGAGAUGCGCAAGGUUUACACCACCGUCUUGUUCGCUAACAUCUACCUGGCUCCGCUGUCCCUCAUCGUCGUGAUGUACGCUCGCAUCGGCAUCACGCUCUUCAAGACCGCCAUGCCUACCGGCGGCAAGCCCGGUCACGACAACCGCCACAGCGUCUCCAAGAAGAAGCAGCGUGUGAUCAAGAUGCUGCUGAUCGUCGCCUUGCUCUUCAUCCUGUCCUGGCUGCCCCUGUGGACCCUCAUGAUGCUGAGCGACUACGCCCGGCUCACCGAGCAACAGUACCGCAUCGUCAACAUCUACAUCUACCCCUUCGCCCACUGGCUGGCCUUUUUCAACAGCAGCGUCAACCCCAUCAUCUACGGAUUCUUCAACGAGAACUUCCGCCGGGGUUUCCAGGUGGUGUUCAAGUUCAGCCUGUGCGCGGCUGACGGACAGCGGAAGAAAACGUACUCGCACCGGUUGCAGCCCAACUCGGUGCUGCCGGCCAAUAACGCGCAGACUUCCGUUGAGCCCAUCUCGCUGAACAGCCUGGACAAAAGCAGCUCUAGGCGGGUGCCUCAGGUUGCGGAGCAGGACCUGGUCCUGGAGGACUUGGAGAUGGGCUCCUGCAGUAGCGGCGGCGUAACAGCCGUGUCAAUUUAAAGCGACCCGUGGUUUUUCCGUCCCAGUGCCGAUCUCUUCAGGAAGCUACCUCCAAGGAAAUGAUGACGAGCUGGCAUCGUACCCUGUGAACUCAUGAAGGCACCGACCUUCCCAAAAACUUCAUGUAUAAAUGUAUAAAGGCAAAUCCUCAACAAUGUGCAAUGCAGAUUUCAGAAGGAGGAAUAAGUCAUUACCUCUGCCAACUUCAUAGCACUUUGCAGGUAUGUUUUGUUGUUUGCGGAUGCUUAGUGGGAUCACGUUCAAAGCUACUGAAACAGUAUCGACUAAAACAAACUAGCCUGCUAAGCUAACAACUGGUGGGAGGAUCUAGAAAGAUGCUCUUAGAAUGGAAACCUCCACCCCACAAUCAAAAUAAUCUUAUUUUUCCAGACAUCUUACUCCAUGGACCAAGAAAAAGCGUGCUAAGCUAACCAAUCCAAACAAAACCAAUUUGGGGUGAUCCACAAACAUUUCUUCACUUUUGUUUCGAUUUUGCUGCAUUUCAGAGAGCCGAAAGAUCUGACAUUCGUAAAAUAAUUAUAGAGAAGGGUGCCGGAACGUAUUUUCUGCUCAUUUUGGUACUCCAAAGAGACCUUGGUAACCAAUUAUGGCUUUGUCUGUUAGCACUAGCAAAGAACAAAGGACGCAUUGCUCCUCGAAACUCAUUCGGAUCCGCCUCUUAUGUCAUCAUCAGCCUACAAAGCUGAAGCCAAUGCUGGAGAAAGCUUUUUAUUCAAUGGCCACCUUCUUUUGUAAGGCCAUGGACUAAGAUUAAAUGGAUACAUUUUUGAUUUUUUUUAGAUCCACCUUUGGAGCCUUGAUGUGUUUCAUUAAUUCAUUCGAAAUUAAGUACUACUUGAAUUGAUAGAGAAAACAAAAAAGAUGCCUGACUGUUUAUAAACGUGAUCUUAAUAUCCUAAAAAAUGCCUUUUGAAUCAGUUGUUCGAUUCAAUCAAGAAUCAUUUUCACUAAAUACGAUUAAUUAAUCA